AUGGCGAUGAAACCAGAGAACCCCGACUUCACAUAUUACUACCUUGGCCUUCCCGGAAAUCCCAAAUUAUUGGCACGAAGCAGCACUAUACCAUGGGAGGGUAUACCCAUAGUUGAUACGCCAGGUGGACAUGAGGGGCCUCGCGGUCAAGCAGCCAAACUCGCCUUCGUUAUUACGCACCACCCUCUCCGCGGAAAGCUUGAUAACGGCCUACGCGAUAAUAUUAGACACGUGCUAGCUACUAUGCAACCGUGUAGGUGGAUAUCGGUAGAUUACCUAAGGAUUGGGUACAAUGAAGUUGAACAGAACAAUCCUGUUGUGAUCCUUGUUACUGCUGAAGAGGAUCAGGUGCCACGAGCAGAAGCAGAGAGGGUAGUUGGCGCUAUAUCUUCGGAGUGCAGGAGGGCUGAUUUACCCGACGUAGAGGUGGAGGUUAAAGAGGGCCGCCGAGCAGAACUCGCAGGGGGACUCCCGAGUGAUGAACCACUGAUUCAUCCAAUCGAUUAUCCUCUCGUUGGGGCCUCCAUUGCAAUAGCCCAGAAACACACUACUGUACUCGGCGGCUGCGGUACACUCGGCGGCUAUGUCUUAAUAGAUGGUAAAGUCAUGGGGCUUACUAACCACCAUGUCGCAUUCGGAUCGUCACGCCUUGAAGCCUUCCCUACCCAGGAUGAGGCGCCCGCGGGCGUUUCGUAUACCAUUCUUCAGCCAGCGGGGAAAGAUAUUGAAACUAAAGCUAGCCUCCUCAAGCACCACAUUAAAAUUUUGGAAAAAGACCUAGCCCGGGCCCUGGUGAGUACUACGCGAAACCCAGCCAGUUACCAACAGCGAAUUUCAGAUGUCAAGCGCGAGUUACAGAGCUUAAUGGAAUGGACACCUGAAAAGUCUACCCUCGGAAAACGCUGGAGGAGUUCCGGCAUACGAAUCCGGAAUGGAGCUAAGGAUCGUCGUUUUAGGCUGGAUUGGCCUUAA